AUGGCGACUCCAACUCCGACUCUGGCUGAGAAGCUGGACAAGAUCAAGUCCCCGGGGCUUCAGAGUCAGCAGAAGACUGUCGUUGUCUUGCAGGCGGUCGAAUCAACCUUGAAGGAGCAGAACACGGCUCCGACUUCUACUGGAUACUUUGCCGCUCUUCUCGCGCUUCUCCAGCAGGCGGAGAGCAAUGGAAACAUUAACAUCGAAUUGGCCACUCCGGUGGUUUAUCUUCUCGACGUAGUCACCCCGUUCGCACCGCAGCCUCUGCUCCGAUCCAAGUUUACUCAGAUCCUUACGCUGCUCGCGCCGGUUUUGCUGGCGCAGGAUGCGGAGCCAAUUCUUCUCAGGACUUCAAUUGGGUGCCUGGAAUCUCUUCUCCUGGCCCAGGAUGCCGCUUCGUGGGAGCUGUCUGUCACCCAGAUCGGACCAAGACGUGCUGUUGCCGGACUGCUGAACCUGGCUUUGGAUCAGCGGCCCAAGGUGCGAAGACGUUCUCAAGAUGCGCUCAAGAGGGUGCUCAAAAAUCCCCCGCCAAGCCCUUCUACGGACCACCCAGCCGCAGACAUGUGCGCCCACACUGCGUUGAAGAAUUUGGAGGAUCUGGCUGCUCAGGCUGUCCAGGCGCGAAAGGGCAAGAAGGCGCCCAGCACAACGCACGACCCGGCAUUGAUCCACGCACUUCAAUUGAUUAAGACAGUAGCAUCUGCGAGUGGUGGCUGGCCGAGCACCAAAAUCGAGUCUCUUUGCGAGCUCCUGCUAAACAUUGCCAAGACGGGCAACGAGUAUAUGACCAUGGCCGCUUUUGAGAUUUUCGAGUUGAUCUUUGAGGGAAUGACAGACGAGCUCACUUCAGCAAAGUUACCUCGCCUAAUGGAAAUUAUUUCAGAGCUGCGACCAGCUGCGAACGAUACCCAACUUGUCCCUGCGUGGCUUGCGAUCCUUUCCCGAGGCUACGAUGUGUCGGCGCAGGUUGAGGCCGACGAGACUUUCCAAAAUCUUCCCGAUCUUUUCAACAUGGUGGCACAGUUCCUUCAGUCUGAUUCCGAAAACAUCAGAAUCUCAGCUUCCGAGUGUUUGGUAUCAUUCAUGGCCAACUGCAUUCCGCCUCAGGUUAUUGUUGAGCCCUCAAUAUACGAUGAGAAGGUUCUGGAUAAGAUUGCCAAAGCGGCCGAGUCUCUCCUCAGCGUUCAAUACCAAGCCGCUUGGUUGCAAACCUUCAAUGUCUUGGAGGCCAUUUUCAUCAGUCUGAGAUGGAGGGCAAACCCCAUCAUGCUCAACGUCACACGAACCAUCGGGGAGAUUCGCGAAAACCCAUCUUUCCGGAACAAGAAGGAGGCAGACGAAGUACUAGGCCAGGCUAUUCGAGCCAUGGGCCCUGAAGCGGUGCUCUCCAUUCUCCCAUUGAACAUCAUCAAGCCCGUAAAGGGUCAGAACGGAAGAGCAUGGCUCUUCCCGAUUCUGCGAGAUUACACCAGCAACACAAAUCUGGCUCAUUUCAAGAGCGAGAUGGUGCCUCUGAGUGAAGUCAUGUUCCAGAAGGUCUUGGAUCACGGGGAAGCUGAAAAGACUAUGGAGAUCAAGAUCUACGAGACGCUGGUGCAGCAAAUCUGGUCUACUCUGCCAGGUUACUGCGACCUGCCUCUCGACUUGAUGGAGUCUUUCGACCAAUCUAUGGCUGAAAUAUUGGCCAAUCUUCUCUACAAGCAAGUCGAUCUGAGACUGGAUAUCUGCAGGGCUCUGAGGACCUUGAUUGAAUCUAACCAAGCUGUUGCAAACAUCGAGGAGGAGGAAGAGGAUCUCCUUCUACAGAGUCGGGUAACCAAGGACGCUGCUCGCAAAAACUUGGCAUAUCUGGGCCAGUUUGCUGGCAAUAUGCUCGCAGUUCUCUUUAACGUGUAUACCCAGACUUUGCCCCAGAGCCGUGGCCCCAUUCUGCAGACUGUGAAUGCCUUCCUCAGCAUCACGCCAAACCAGGAGCUUAUGGAUACGUUCGACCGCGUCAGCAAGAUGCUUGCAGGUGAACUUCAGAAUGCACCAGCUGCUGAGAAGCCCACUCAAGGACAAAAGUCAAAGGAUCACAUGCCAUCCACUGCACAAACCCUUAUGGAUCUUGUCAUUACCAUUUCGGCAUACCUCCCACGAGAGAGCUUCGCUACCUUAUUUGAGAUUGCUUCUGUAAUUAUCAACAAGGAAGAGGAGCCCCAGCUGCAGAAGAAAGCUUACAAGCUGAUUCCACGACUGGCCACUUCCGAGCUUGGCAAGGCCGCUCUGCAGGAGCGAAAUGCUGAGCUGCAAACCCUGAUCCUCUCCAGCUCGGAGAAGGUUUCUGGGCCGGCUAGACGUGAGAGAAUCGCUGCCAUUGCUGCAUUGCUACCCUUUGUCCCUGACAACUGCCUUCACUUCAUUCCUUCUGUUCUGAGCGAGAUUGUCAUCUGCUGCAAGGAGAACAACGAACGAGCCCGUGAAAGUGCAUACGACCUCUUGGUUCAGAUGGGACACAAGAUGGCUGCUGCUAACGGUGCUGUCAUCGACAACAGCAAGGUGCCUCACAUGCCAAGCGAUGCCCCAGCUGCCACUGCCAAUAUCGAAGAGUUCUUCACCAUGGUGAGCGCUGGUCUGGCCGGAAGCACCCCUCACAUGAUCUCUGCGUCAGUCACUGCCAUCAGCCGUCUCCUCUACGAGUUCCGCUCAUCGCUGAGCGACCAGACCUUGUCUGAUCUGGUGCAAACCAUGGAUCUCUUCUUGACUUCAAAUAACCGAGAGAUUGUCAAGAGCUGCCUGGGCUUCGUCAAGGUCUGUGUCAUUAGCCUGCCAGUUGAGCUGAUGAUGCCACGCCUGGACACGCUCGUACCUAACCUGAUUAUCUGGAGCAACGAACACAAGGGCCACUUCAAGGCCAAGGUCAAGCACAUCUUGGAGCGCAUGGUCCGCCGCUUCGGCUUCGAUGCCAUCAACAAGAGCUGCCCCGAGUCCGACAGGAAGCUGCUGGCCAACAUUCGCAAGACCAAAGAGAGAGCAAAGAGAAAGAAGGAUGCUGCCAAGGGUGCUCACGACGACGACGCUAGUGAAGACGACGAAGAGGACGAUGGCAAGCGACAAUAUGAGAACGAAUACGACCGCACUCUGUAUAGCAGCGACUCAGACGAAUCCGAGGGAUCAGAUGACGAGGGCGCACAAAGACCCAAGAAGAAGGCGCAGAAGGGCGGCAAGACAUACAUUGUUGAGGAUGACGACGAGCCCCUUGACCUUCUCGACAAGAAGGCCCUGGCCAGAAUAUCAUCCACCAAGCCCGUCAAGCUUCGCAAGCCCCAAAAGACAAAGGCCAAGACCGAUCUCGACGGCAAGCUCAUCCUCGGCAAGGACAGCGAUGACGAGGGCGCCAUGGACGUCGACCAGCCCGGCGGCGCCGAAAACUCGGGCGUGGGCGCCUACGUCGCCGCCAUCAAGGGCCGCGACGCUGCCAAGCGCGGUCGCGGCGGCAAGCUCAAGUUCUCCAACAAGCGCUCCAAGGACGGCGACGACGGCGACGAGAUGGACGAUGACACCGCCGUGGCCGUCAAGAACAGCAUCAGCCCCGGCCGUGAUCGCGGCAGCAGGGGCCGUGGAAGAGGCGGACCGAUGCGUGGCGCCCGCGGAGGCCGCGGCGGCUCUUUCGGUGGCCCCAGGAGUGGAAAGGGCGGCAUCGCUGCCGGCCGGAGGGGACUCGGCACCGAGAAGAGACAUGGCCCACCGGUCGGCGCGGGAGUGGGCAAGGGGAAGAGGGGAGGCCGGAACUAA